UCCACUGCAAAAUCGUGAGAUUCAGUUUACAGUUUGUGUUCCAUAAUGAAGGGCUAUCAAGCAGUGUUCUCGAUUGGCCUAUUCGCGUUAUGCAUAUGUGCUGCUAACGCUGAGGUGGUGAACUUUAAGAAUUGUCCUGGAGAAGCUAAAUGUACAUUCAACGAAGUUGCGAUCUCGCCAUGCCCGGAAGCUGCUGAGGGACGUACCUGUACUGUGUACCGCGGAUCGAAUAUUAGCAUUACGUUUGACUUCACUCCCGAAUUUAACGCCAACGUGCUCACUGCCGACGUGUCCUGGACGCAGCCUGCCUUUGAUUUGCCCUUCAUCGGCAUGGAUACUGAAGCCUGUAAGCAUACUGCCUGUCCGGCCCAGUCGGGUAAGCGGCAAACGUACGUAUACGAGUUGCCCAUCAAGAAGUCUUAUCCACCGAAACAUUACGACGUCAAGUGGAAGUUGACGAGCGAAAACAACGAUACAUGCUGCAUGAUCGUACAGAUCAAUAUUACCAAGAAAACCAAGCACACGUAGGAAUGGCAGGGCGCAACAUUUUCUGAGGGAGCAAACAAAGCCGAUCGAGGACUGGUCGAACUUUAUUGACCGUUAAAUCAUCAACGCCUCCGUGCUAUGAUGGAACUGCGAAGCAUCGCACAUUGCUGACAUUGUAACUGCUCCUAGUCGUGUAAUAAACGAUGGCGAGAAGCAAAGAUCAAUAAAA